UGCGACGACAGACAAGUGGUUCUUUUUCGCUUAUUUUUAUUUUCAAAAAUUGACUGAUAACGUUACAGAGUCGACUGAGUAUUUUUACUCACCCAAAACAGCCACAUAGCUAACGUUAGCUAGAUAAAUAUCGGAAAGCUUAGCCUUAAAAUCGCACGAAAAUAUUCUUGUAAGCUUAACGUUAGCUUUUUUUUGAAUUGCGGAGGCUUGAGGUGCACAAAAGACACCGGGAUACACAACAAGAUGGCAUGAACUGUUUGUCGAUAUGUCGGCGCAAAAAGAUUGCGAGUUUCUGGUGAAACGAGCCAGAGAUCUGGUUUGUGAUGAUCCGUGUGCGGCUAAAGCCUGGCUCAUCACCGCCAGAACACUUUACCCCGCUGACUUCAACAUACAGUAUGAAAUGUACACAAUUGAACGGAAUGCGGAAAGGACGACCCCUGCUGGCAGACUGCUGUAUGACCUGUUUCUAAACUUUCCAGAUCAGCCUGUUGUGUGGCGGGAGAUCGGUGUCAUCACAGCUGCUCUGCGGAGCGACUCUCAGGACAAACAUACACAGUUUCUACGAGGUCUAUUUGAGACGUUGCCUGGCCGUAUUCAGUGCGAGAUGCUGUUGAAAGCCACUGAGCAGUGUUUUAAUACGUUGGAGAAGGCGGAGAUGCUGCUGCUUCUACUAAAACGCUUCCCAGAGUCUGUGGUCCAACAUGGAGUAACUCUUGGAGAGACGUUGUUAGAAGCGGAGGCAUCAGAAAACGUGGAGACUCCUGUUAACUGCUUCAGAAAACUUUUUGUUUGUGAUGUCCUUCCUUUGGUCAUAAACAACAUGGACAUGCGCCUGCCAGCCAGCCUGAUGCAGAGGUACAUGCUGAAAGCAGCGGAGUUCUACAUUAGUUAUGUCACACGUGGACCCUCUGCUGAUGGGCAGAUCCAGGGUUGUCAAGAAGGCGGGUCUCUGAAGUCUCCUGGUGUGUCCCGUGGCUCUCAGCGUUUUGUGAUUGACGGCCUGUCAGAAAAGUCAUCGGUCGUGAAUGAACCGUGGGAGAGGCUCUUGGACAUCCUGGCUGUUGUUGGAGCACGCUGCGAGUGGCAGGGAGACAAAGGACAGAGAGGUUAUGUGGAGAUGCUGCAGCGAGUGAAGGAGCUGUGCCGCUAUCUGCCUGGUCUCGAAGGUGACACUAGGUCCCGGUGCUGCAUCCAGGUGGUCAUAUGUACUGCUCUGGUCCUGUUCCGCAGCGCCUUUCUCUACGUGUCAGCUGUGCAGCCUGCACUGUUCCAAGGUGUCAGUGCAAUGAGUUCAGGGCCGUGGAUCCUUGUGGAGGAUUUGAGCUCGGUGUAUAACGAUGUGGAGGUUGAACGAGGAGCGCUGAAGCAUUCACAUAAGAGACGCAAGCUGGCAGAUGGUAGAGAGAGAACUAUGAGUUCAGACGAUGAGGAGGGGUUGGGGAAGAGCCGAGGCCGACACAUUUUAGUGAACAAGACUGAGAUGCCCAACUGGUCAGAGAUUCUGGAGAGCUUCCGCACAGCGAGGGAGAGCUGGGAACUGCUGCACUCUCACGAUGGUUUGGAAUCUGAAUUCAAAAAGAUUUGUGCUUCCUGGAGGACAGACAGCUGGCUGUGGUUCAGAAUAUUCCUCACUGACAUGAUUAUAUACCAGGGACAGUAUCGUAAGGCUCUCUCCAGUCUGCACCAGAUGUCUGCAGUGCAACAGUCAGGGCAACACAGCCCUUCAGGUCACGCCAGCCUGGAGCACCACAGGGCCCUCAUACAGCAGGCCUCCUGCCAUUACGCACUGGGAGAGUACAGGAUGGCCUGUGAGAAACUGCUUGACGUUGUUAGUGGCCUUGUCCCUCCAAUCCAAGAGCCAACAAAGACUCCAGAUGAACAGGGUAGAGUCAAAACCAAAACAAGAAAAGGUCAUGACUUAAGGUUACUUCCCUGCACCAGCAAAGCUGUCUUACCUUUCUGUCUGCAGCUGAUGCUCGCUUGCUUCAAGCUUCGUGCUUUCGCAGACAGUUGUGAUGACCUGUCCCUCGGUCAUGUGAUAGUGCUCCUGCAGUAUGAUUGGCCACAGGGUGAGGCGCUCUUUCUAAAGGCCAUCGAUAAAAUCUGUCAACAAGGCAGUUUCCAGUAUGAGAAUUUCUUCAACUAUGUCACCAACAUUGACAUGCUGGAGGAAUUUGCCUACCUGCGUACUCCAGAAGGUGGGAGGAUCCAGCUGGAGCUGUUACCCAAUCAGGGAAUGCUAAUCAAGAACUCUAGUCCCGCCCUGGGGGUGGAGUUAAAUACCCUUCUGCUACAAGGGGUUCAGACGAUGGACAGACACCACACAGUGACUCGUGGGAUCACAAAAGGAGUGAAGGAGGAUUUCCGUCUGGCCAUGGAGAGACAAGUGUCGCGUUGUGGAGAGAACCUGUUCAGCGUGCUCCAUCGCUUCUGCAUCAAUGAGAAAAUCAUCAUCAUCCAGUCUCUUCCUUGACACUUGAGUGGUGAAUUUUGACUUUUAACGCAGUCGUGGUUGGAUUUAAUUUAGCAGAACAGCACUCUGAAACGUAUUAGAACAGUUUCGAUUUUUAAACGUGGAUCUGUUUUUGUCAACUUAGAAUCUGCAGUAAUACUCUGUUCACAGUGUGUUCUAACAUUUUUGUUCAUUGUUGCAAAGAUUGUCAAGCAAAUGUAUGCUUAACCCCAGCUUUUAAAAACGUGUUUUUUUGGGGUGGGUUAUUGACAAAAGAAUCAAAUGUUUUUGAUAUUUGCUGAGUAAAAGUACAUUGUGUUUUGCUAUAAACUUCAUCACAUUGUAUUGAUUAUAUAAAUAUUUCCAUUAAAUGUC